UGCAAUGCAACAAAGAACCCAAAAAAAGGCUUUUCUGAACUAGUAUAAAAUCAUCUGGAUCAGUCUGCAUGCACAGAGGAGAAGCAUUCUCAGAUUCAUUUUUAAAAGAUUACAUUUUUUUUUUUUAGCACUAACCCUUGGGUUAUUGUGAGGACACUGGAAAUCUCAGAUGAUGUUUGCAGCCCGUUGCAACACGUCUGCAUGUUUGAGCGCUGAGGCAUUUCAAACACACCUGCAGGUGAUGGUGGGAUCGGCACAUUCGGGUCUGGUCUUGUAAGGAGAUGCCAGCCAGACACGGCUCAGGUGUAGAUUCCACUGCGGGAACGGCAUGUCCCAGCUGGCCUGUGUAAGGGAAGCCACGUCAAAGAGCACUUUGUACUGUUCAGAUGGAUCACAUAGGUGUUGGCUGCUUGAAAGGGGUUUAUUUUCUUACUUUUUCUUGUGACUCAGAUUCCAAAAGCACUCCCCGAAAGAAUAAAGAGCUCAAUUAAUUGGAUGUCUCUUAGCACAGUUUAUCGCAGUAAAUCUGUAAAGUCAUUUUGUCAUUUUUCCCAUGGUGAUACUAGUAACUUAUUUAACUUGAGUUGCUCAGAUCAGACGGAAAUCGCUGGACUUGUGUUUCAGAGCUCUGAGCAACAAGAACGAAUCCGCUAAAGGGUGGAAAAGUUACUUUUCUAUAGAACAACUGUUUAUAUUGUUUUUAUUAAUGAUGUACUGAAUACCACAGUACUUAUUGAGUGUUUCAUGUCUCCAUGGCUCAAUUUAAAAUUGAAAAACACCUGCACGGCCUUUGUGAAAAUACACUAGCGAGUACUGUAUUCCAAGCCGUCUGUUAAAACUAAAAUAAUAAUGACGUAAAGACAAUGCAACUUGUGUAUUUGUAAGCCAUUUAUCUCCAAUUCUAAGCAUAUUGGGAUACUAAUCUGUGUAAUCAGAAGAUUGUGGAUCCUUUUUUUUUUUAAGGCUUUUUGAUUUCUUUUUUUAAUUAAAUAUCCCGUUGAGUCAUUUCAAGCCAGCCCCUUUCUGAGGAGUUCAUCGUGGGUCUCAGAGUUUUUCCAUGAAUUCUGUCCUUCAUUCCACCGGAGUCUGUGUCAUAACCAAUCAGAUUUCAGUAGAGUGAAGUACAAGAGACAUGGAGCUAAGACUUCCGCUUAGUGCCCACGACAGCCAACUCGCAGGACCAGCCAACAACGAAGAAGCUGAUCCAGUCAGAUCCGACCUCAACCAGUUACUGUACAGGUUUUUACAUGAACUUGUAUUCCAUUUUUUAAAAGUAUAAGCUCAGCAACAAUAUGUAAAGAAAAAACAGCUGCAGAAAUAAUAAUAAUAAUAAUAAUAAUAAUAAUAAUAAUAAUAAUAAUAAAUCGUAUUUGUUACUGUGUGAAUGUAAAAAUGAGCAAAAACCGUAGAUUUUAGCCUAAGGUUUUUCUUUUGAUCCCCCUAAAUACUACCUAGCAAUUCCACUACUAUUAUCAUAAUAUGAAAGACUUUAAUAAUAAUGGAACGACAGCCUUUCACAUAAAAUGUAUGUUAUAUAAAAACUGUGCUGCCAAAGGCCUUUGAUUAUGCAUUACAGACAGAGUGCAAAACUGUUAUAGGGUGUCUAAUCUUUUUGAAAGACGAAUGCAAUGAUGCUGUGUUUGAUUCUCAUUCUAACAGAUCAAGGUUUGGCAGACCUGAUUAUGCGAUUCUGAAGAUGUGAGUCAGUGCCUUCUGCUCCAUGCAGAGAAUUGCUGAUGAUAUUGGGCUACACCAGAUGGACCGGAUUUCUAAUCUGCUCGCCCCCACUGAGUGCCAAGAUCUGCACCAGUUCCUGACCAACCCAGAGCAGAACAUCCUGGAGGAAGUAGACCGGAUGUCCAAACAAAACAGCAACCUCGACAUUAAUGAGAAACGGAAGAAGCGAUCCAUCACUACCCCUGCAGAGUGUACGAGGAUCAUGAAGGAGUGGCUGCUGGCCACUGCUGGAAACAGCAUGUAUUACGAUAGACUCGCCAGAGCAUUGCGGAAGAUCGGGAGGUCAGAUGUCUCAAGAGAAAUGGGGAAGAACAUCAACCAAGACAAGUCCUUGGGGAUGAAGAAGUAUGUGGAGGACUUCCAGAAGGGGGUCGAAGCCAUGAAGUCUUCCAUGAUAGCAGCUGACUCAGACAAGUCUGCAGACAGGCUCCGCCAGGAGAGAGAAUUGCUAGAGACGAACUGGGCCGACUUGGAGCUGAUCAUCGAGAGACAGCAGCUGCCUCCGUACCCUAGGAAACUCUUUGACGGGAUUCGGCCUCUGAUUUACGGGAUCUUCUAUGGCUUUUCCGGGGCGUUUCUUGUCGGCGGGAUUGCUAUCUUCUUCUCCAUUAGGAUCACGGAACGAGACUUUGAGGAACUGUUAAUGCGUUCAACCUCCAGGAAGAAGCCCUGUCGCUACCAGAGGCUGCGUCACCCAGCCGAUGUUCCAUCCUCUUCCGAUGAGGACAAGAGUGAAGACCACAAGAGCGAGCCCCCGAAGGGCAGGAAACCUGCAAAGAGAUUCCGCGACUACUUCCCUGCCUUCAACCUCGGCAAAACAAAUACUGGAAAGAAUAAAGUCUGAUGUACAGAGGGGGUUGUUGUUGAUGUGACUCUGUGAAUGGAUGGUCACCUUAGUAAAUACUGUGGUGAGAUGAUUGUUUUCAUCUAUAUGCUAUGCUGAGACACAGUGGUGAUACAAAUUUUGAACUGUCCCCUUUUUGUCACGUAUUGGUUCAAAACAAUCAGAAGUAAGCCUAGAAACAGUGCUACACAUGCAGUGAAUUGAAUGUAAAUACAAGUAUAA